AAUAUUGCCUGGAAUAUUGUAAAUACAUGUUAUACAUGUUUUUCUUAACUUUUACGCUUACAAAGAGGUUUUCUUGAUUUUUUGUGCUUAAACUAGGUCAAUCCACAUCUAUAUAAUGUAGUAAAGUGCUAAUAUUUGUUGUUUCUACCUAAUCUGUAUGGAAAAUUUAACGUUUUUAGUGUCCGUAAUAUCGAUUGGAACCCAAAGUAGCCCCGUCGAUAGCCCUGGUGCGUUAACUUUUGACUCUGCUUAGUGCUUUUGACUUUUUUAUUUUACGGAUUUUACUUCUUGUGUAUGUGUUUUGUGGAUUUUACUUUACUAAAAUGUCGUCUGAUUUAAUUUCCUGGAAAACUUUAAAUGUUAAUACUAAAAUUAAAACGUCUUUUUCGGAGGCGGUACAAGAACAUCCCCUUAAAAAUAUUGUGGUCACUGAAAGAAUUCCAAGACGGAUUCUAGGUUCAACACCAAGUACUGGAAGGACUACACCUGUCUCGACUCCUUCCAACAUAUCAGAGCCUCUUGCUAAUGCUUUAAAACAAUUGGAUCCUUUAACUGAAUUUGCUAUGCAUGAAGAAAUGGAUCCAUUGUCAAAAAUAGCUGCAGAAAUGGAUUUGACAGAUAGUUGCAUCAGAACUGUUAAUGAAGGGAAUAAAAAGAAAGAUGAAAAACUUUUUAACAAAACUGAUUUGUGGUCUUAUAGAAGGGCUGCUAUAUUACAAAAAUACACAACUUCUGAAAAAUUGACAAUGGUCAUAAGCUACUUGAUAGAAGGGGAAAAAGUUGUUGUAAAAGCCCAAAGUACAGCAGUGGACAAGGUACAACAUCGCUUAGAACAGUUAGAUAGCUUCGAAGAAGGUUCCCAAAGAAAAUUAAAUUUGUCUCAGACAGAAUAUAUAUCUCAAAUUGAGGAACUAAAUAAGGAGCUUAUAAUGGUGUGGAAUAAUGAACAGAGAGUCAAGGCAUUAAAAAUAGCUAUACAGUGUGCCAAAAUGCUGACAGAUACAGAUGUAUUAAUAUUCUAUCCGAGCAAAUUUGUUCUUGUGACAGACAUACUAGAUUGCUUUGGGAAAUUAGUUUAUGACAGGCUCAGGAUCAAGGCUGAAUAUUACAAACCUGGUUCUAAAGUUCCUACAGCACUUCCAGAGGACUUCACACCUGAUAUGGUACCCAGUACUGCAAAAGAGACUUGUUUGAACUGGUUCUAUAAAAUAGCCUCCAUCAGAGAGCUAGUUCCCCGAUUGUACAUUGAAAUGGCCUUGUUGAGGUCCUAUUAUUUUAUAUCUUCCAGCGAUUGCACUGAGGCACUAUUUAGACUUACUAAAAUGAUUCAAGGAAUAGGCAACCCUGUUGUGGCUGUUUAUGCCAGAUGCUACUUGUGUAGAGUUGGUCUAAAUGUGACGAUAAAAGAUUCUAAUUUGACAUAUUUGAGAGAAAAUUUUGAUAGUUUUUUAGAAUCAUAUCAACAUAUUUUCAGGAGUGUUAAAGGUCAAUUACAUAAAGAAAAAAUGUCUCUUUCUACAUAUAUGACUUUAUAUGCACCAGCUUUGGAUUUUAUCAUGGAAACAGUUACUUUACACUCUCCAGAGAGUACAUUGAAUGAAAUUUUAGCAAAUUGUAAACGGUAUAGCAACAGUUCUUUGAUUCUAAACACCAUAAUGUCUGGAUUUAAGCCUGCUUACGUAUCAGAAAGAUGUUUGCAGUUUCUUAGUAUGAUUGGACAGUGUACAGAUGAUGGAAUACCAUUAUCUGCUUUAUUAAGAACUUUGGGUUUAUGUGUAAGCGUUUCUCCUCCACUGAAGGAACAUAGAGCCCAAAUUUUAAAUUCAGUAUAUCUCAAUAUGAAUUUAUUAAAAAACCCAUCUGAGUAUAUUACUUGUUUCGAAGUUUGGAUUCAAUUUGUUGCCAAGUAUUUUUCAACUAAAGAAGUUGACAGUCUGUUGGGCGACUUUUUAUAUCGUAUGAUUAAGAAUGAGGAACAAAUAACUUAUUCUGUUGAGUUACAAAACAUCAUGGAUAAAAUAAUAACAAAUAUAUCUGAUAUUGAAAGUUUUCUGGUUAUGGAUCAUUUUUUUGCUGUUAUGGAUUUAUUUGAGGAUAAGUCUAGAUUGAUUGAAGUGAGCAAGGUUAUUCUGUGUAAAUAUAACGCUACCGUCCAUCAAACUGACGAUCCCGUUGUAACAAAUGUUUUGAUGUAUUUGGCGAGCAAUUUACACGAUUCAAUUAAUAUGUUGACGCCAGAAGACGAAAAACGACAAAUAUCACAGAUUUUAUGCAAAACCAUCAGAAUCGUAAACUAUGGACUUGAUUUCGAUUUACAGUUAGAUCUGUAUGUAGAAGCCAGACAUGCAUUUUGCAUCUUGGACACUGUUAUUGCUGAACUAGUGAAGUGUGUGAACAAUUUGGCAGUGAGUGUCAGACAAGUGGUUAAAGGGUACCACACACGUAAAACGGCGGAUUUCGUGCGUGCUUGUGCGGCAUACUGUUUUAUAACCAUCCCGUCUAUCAACUGCACUCGCACCAGGUUGAAAUUAUAUUUGUUUUCGGGUCAGAUUGCUUUGUAUAAUUCGUGUCUAGGACAAGCUGAUGCAUGUUUUAAGGCUAUCCUAUCAACUAUAUCUGAACUGCCAUGUAGUACAGAUACAGACCUAUUUCUACCAGCAUUUGUCAGACAGUUUUUGUCACUUUUAAUGGUAGUUCCUGACAAUCCAGAGCGUGGAGUACUGAGUCUGAUUAAAAGUCUUCUAAACACCAUAAGAAAUUUUAAAUGGCAGACUUCGAGCAGUGUCUUAGGAUUUUUUUACGUUCACGUGAUCGAUUUAUUGUCAGUAAUGGCUCAAGAAGUAUAUCCAUAUCAUGUAGACAAAGUUGAAUCAAAUGAUUCAUUGUGGGGAUCCGAUCCAAAAUUUAUUGAUGAGAUCAACAACAUGAUAGCAGUUGUCAUAGGAGAGAUUUUGUUCUUGCUUCAAGACUUGGGUCCCUGCCAGAAACAAUAUCAGAUAGCUAUGGAACUGUUUGUAAGGUUUGCAGUAAGAGCAGAUUUACGUGUUAAAGAACUAAAUGGACUGGCGUUAAAAUUGUGGAAUUUGUGUAUUAAAAGCAACUACCCCGAUAUUAAAUAUAUGGCCACAACAAAGACAUAUUUAAAAAAUAAAAGUCUUACUUGUGAUAAUGAAGAACUGCAGAGGUUAGCUGAAAAAAUGUCAUUACUUCAAAAGUAAUUUAAGAAAGAAAUAUUUGUUAUUGUUAGCAUUGGUAUUUUUUAUAUUUGUAUAUGGUAAAAUAAAUAAAUAAACGCAUAGACA